AUGUUUUUAGUAUUUUGGUUUCCAUUCCGCAUGUUAAAGUUGGUAUGUGGUUUUUUUUCUAUUCUUAGAACUAAGGAUCGUGGUCCACCGGGUUUGAUGAAGUUAUCUCCCAAUAAGAAACUCGCCAUUUUGCAACGACAAAAGAAUUCCGUGGAUGUUGUAAUGUUGGAGAAAAAUGAUGGUACCGUGGCAGUAGAGUUUAAUGUUCCAACAAAAUCGAAGGAUAUGAUACUAAGCGUUGACUGGAUUACAAAUAAUCAAAUUCUCUUCGUCACUAAGCAGUCUCUUGAGAUAUUUUCUUUGAACGAAGAGAAAGGAACAGCUAAAUUACUACGGAACUUGAAUGUAUCGGCUUCGUGGUCCAUCUAUUAUGCUAAGUCAAGUCUAAUAAUCUUGGCGACUGGAAACAAUUGUACUACAAUGCAACCAUUUCUGGUACAAUAUGGUCAAUUCACACGACUAAAGGUGUUAUUGCACUUUAGCUUUCUAUUUUUGGAAAUAAUUUAUAGAUAUGGAAAGAUUUGUGUAAUGGUACUGCGAUAUAGUGGCGAUGGUUCUACUUCAACCGAUCUUCUAAUAUAUGAGCUGUCCGAAAAUGUAAACUCUGGCGCGAAAUUGAAGUACUCAUUGACUUUAGGCAAGUUCUCUAACAUUUCUUCUAUUCUACGUAACCCACCUUUCACAUCUACUAGGGACCAUCAUUCCAUUCGACCUACACAUUCUCCAUUGAUGACAGUUUCAAUCAAAUCUUCACCGGUUUGUCAACCUCCACCGGCUCUCUACGUUCCGCUCUGGUCGAUGUUUCAGCCGGAUAUCGUUGUUGAUCCAGUGGCUGGAAUGAUGUACCAGUUGACAUUCUACUGUGAUCGUUGCAUGCUGAUCGAGUUUCUAAUCCAUCGCACCGAUCAGAAAGUUCUUGUUCUGAGCACGCUUCUACUUUGUCUUAAGAAGAAGUUGUUGCGAUUGCGCCAGAUUCGAAGGAUAUUCAAUCUUAUUGUGGAGAAAUCCACGUCCUAUUUAACACCUGAGGCCAGCUCACCUGCAAAGCCUCAUUUAAUAGCAGCAAAUGUCCAACCUUUACGAAUUGAACAAAGGGAGAUGCACAGUAACAUUUUCAUUCCAUUUAUGGCAAGUUUAUACGGUCUGUUAGAUAUCGAGCACAGCCUUUGUAACUACCUACUGGAGUUGGUCGUCGAGUCAUUAGCGCUAUCCGGUGAAAUGAUAAAACUCCAUCAGCUUGUUACAUAUAGGGUGAUCUCGGACUCAAAGCCAUUGGCAUUUCUGCUUCUAUCCUACGAGGCUAGAUGUCCACCACUUUUCCAAGCUGGACUCGAUAUAUUAGCAAGGUGCAAGGCAUGUGAUGAGAUAGUGGAAGUUCUUCUGGAAAGAAGGAACGUUAUUGAUGCCAUAAGUGAACUCACCAAACUGUACACUGAAGAGGAAAUCAAAAGUGCUUAUAUCAUUUUAAGAUUAUGUUCUACAUAG